CCUCUUAGAGUUCUGAAUUCUGGGAUGCUACUUUACCCCCAAUAAUAACGUCCAAGUCCAGUGUCACUUUUCCAUUUACAAGUUUAAAGUCAUCAGUUCAAACAAGAAGAGCAGUGGAUGAUUGAGGAAGAAAUGUAAAGAAGGUUCUCUCCAGUUACAGGAAAAUCCCAGGACUGUAUAGAAGAAUAUUCAUCCAAACUGAGAAGGAUUCGAGAGACCAAAGAAUGAUUCAGACAAGUCCAACCUGUCAUAGCCUGGUGUCUUUGGAGCUGGAGAUGAUGACAGAUUUGCCCAUUUUUCUCACUGAUACCCCUCAAGUGUUUGUGUGGCGUGAACAGACGGGAAAUGAUCAUUCUGGGAGCUGUGAGGCAAGAGAAGUCUCAUGUAUCUUAUUUUACCCUUCCCAGCUCUACCCUUUUCCAAAAAAGGAGCCUGGAGAAGGUCUUUUCCUACAAACAUCAAAGCCAUGGCUCAGGAGUCAGUGAUGUUCAGUGAUGUGUCCAUAGACUUCUCUCAGGAGGAGUGGGAAUACCUGAAUGAUGAUCAGAGAGAUUUAUACAGAGAUGUGAUGUUGGAGAAUUACAGCAACCUGAUUUCAAUGGGACACUCUAUUUCUAAACCAAAUGUGAUCUCCUUCCUGGAGCAAGGGAAGGAGCCCUGGUUGGUUGACAGAGAGCUGACAAGAGGCCAUUGGCCAGUCCUGAAAUCAAGAUGUCAGACCAAGAAAUUAUUUAUGAAGAAGGAAAUUUAUGAAAUAGAAUCAGCCCAGUGGGAGAUAAUGGAAAAACUUACAAGACGUGACCUUCAGUACUCUAGUUUCAGAGAUGAUUGGGAAUGUAAUGGUCAAUUUGAGAAACAACAUGGCUCUCAGGAGGGACAUUUCAGUCAACUGAUAUUCACGCACGAAGAUAUGUCCACUUUCAGUCAGCAUCCAUCCUUCACAUUACAGCAAAUCAUUAAUAAAGAGAAAUACUGUACAACUAAAGAAUAUAGGAAAACCUUUAGACAUGACUCACAGUUUACUACACAUCAGAUAAUUCAUAACAUCGAGAAGCCCUAUGAAUGUAAGGAGUGUGGAAAAUCCUUUAGACAUCCCUCAAGACUUGCUCAUCACCAGAAAAUUCAUACUGGCAAGAAACCCUUUGAAUGUAAAGAAUGUGGAAAAACCUUCAUUUGUGGCUCAGACCUUACUCGACAUCACAGAAUUCACACUGGUGAGAAACCCUAUGAAUGUAAGGAAUGUGGAAAGGCCUUUAGCAGUGGUUCAAACUUUACUCGACAUCAGAGAAUUCACACUGGUGAGAAACCCUAUGAAUGUAAGGAAUGUGGAAAGGCCUUUAGUAGUGGUUCAAACUUUACUCAACAUCAGAGAAUUCAUACUGGAGAGAAACCCUAUGAAUGUAAGGAAUGUGGCAAUGCGUUUAGUCAGAGCUCACAACUUAUUAAACAUCAAAGAAUCCAUACAGGUGAGAAACCCUAUGAAUGUAAGGAAUGUGAAAAGGCUUUUCGUUCUGGUUCAGACCUAACUAGACAUCAGAGAAUACACACUGGUGAGAAACCUUAUGAAUGUAAGAUAUGUGGGAAAGCCUAUUCUCAGAGUUCACAACUUAUUAGUCAUCAUAGAAUUCAUACUGCUGAGAAACCCUAUGACUAUAGGGAAUGUGGAAAAAACUUUAAUUAUGACUCACAACUUAUUCAGCAUCAAAAUUUGUAUUGGUGAUAAGCCAGGAUAUAUGAAGUGUAUAGGAAGGCUUUUAAUUAUGGCUUACAACUAUUCAACACCAUAGAGUUUAUCUUGUUAAUAAAUUCUCCAGAUAGAAUAAUGUAGAAAUGUUUUAUGUGUAGACUACAGCUUAUUCAGCCUGAUAAAAAUAAUGUUGGAGAAACACCUUAUGAAUAGAAUGCAUUUUGGAAGCCCUUUAAUAAAAACUCAUAUUUCUCUUGACAUCAGAUUAUUCAGUGUAGCAAAUAUUGAAAAUGACAGCACCUUUGACACCUUUCUAAUCUUAAACUUAUGAGAAUUUAUGUGGAAAUGUAAUCCUGUGGUUUUCAUUUUCUUUUUUUCCCUCAUUUGUAUGUAAUUAUUACAUUCUUAAUAUUUUAAUCCAUCUUAAAUUUAUAUGACUGUAAAAUUCAUUUGUUUACAUCGUGGUUUAUAAAAUAUAUUUUUAGAAUACCUUUAAUACUUAAGAGAAAGUGACCUCUGUAUUUUUGAAGAAGACACUAUUUUUGCUCUUUACAAGAUUAAGACUUUCUUAUAGUAAAAACAUUUGUGAACUUUUCACUCAGUAAAUAGAGAUCCUUUAAUAUCUUCA